GCUGGCUGAGGACUAUGAUGGGAAGCUUGCCCAGCAGGAGGAAGCCAGCUGCUACUCAGCCAACCCCACAAACCCAUCAACCCAUCAGCCUUGGUCCAAGACAAACAGCUAUUGCAAUAUGCAACUUCCCUUCUGGCCAGACAGAGCCAAUACUGAAGAUGGGGGAACAACUGCAUCUGCUCUUUGAGGAUGGUGAAUCGUGGAAAGUUGUAUCAGUAGCAAGUGGCAAAGACUGCUACAUUCCUAGCAACUACAUAGCCAAAAUCUCUUACAAUAUUCCAAACAAUAAUUGUUUUUCGUCUUUUAACUUUGCUUUUAACUCAGGUAAUUCUCCUUCUUUGCUUCUAGAUAGCAGGGAUUGCUUAUAUUGCCGCCUGCAAGAACCAUGCUUCAUCCAAGGAUAUGACUUGGGCUUGUUACCCAACCUUUCAAAACCAGUGAUAGUGAAGCAGCCAAACCUCAGUUGGCAAGAGAUCAACAGUUCAGACCUGUUGUCACAGGAUCCACUGCCAGAAGAUUCUCUCAGUCUGGGCCUGCGGGAAGCCAUCAAUUCUUACUUGUUGGUGACUGAAAAUCUGUCUUUAGAGGACACAUCUACCAAAAAGAGGAAGAAAUGCAAAGACGAUCACCUUGGGAAACCAUUUGUCCCACAGAACUUGAAGGGGAAUACAGAAGAUCCACCAUCAUCAUUCACAACAUGCUAUGGAAUGCAGGAGGACUUUUGAUUGAUCUCAGUUCCAGAAGGAUGCUCUUUAGUCCAAAGUACUAUGUUUAUUCUUUUUCCAUUUCUUAACACCAAAAUAACUCAAAGAAUUAUGAUUUCCAAUAGAAAAAC